AUGGCUGAGCAAGUUGUAUCUACUGAACAAAUUGCUGAACAAUUUGAAUCUACUGAACAAAUGGCUGAGCAAGCUGUAUCUACUGAACAAAUGGCUGAACAAUUUGAAUCUACUGAACAAAUGGUUGAACAAGGUGUAUCUACAAUAGUAAUAAAUAACCAAAAAGAUAUUAAAAUAGCAUGGAAAUAUCCAAGUGACAUAUUUCAACGACUUUUAGCUUUGUUUUUCAUGUUCUUGAUUGGAUUUGGUAAAUAUUAUUAACUGUGUUUAGUACCUUUGGGUAUAUUUGUCAAUAUUUAAUAAUAUUUUUAUUGUUUAGGUUCAUAUUUUUGUUUUGAUAUUCCUAGUGCUUUACAAGAAAAUUUAAUACAAGAUUUGAAUUUAUCUACUACCCAAUUUCUUUAUCUGAAUUCCUGGUAUUCUUGGCUUAAUGUUAUUAUGUGUACCAUUGGUGGAUUAUUAAUUGACAGGUUUUCCAUUUGAAUAUAUAUUUAUAAUUUUUUUCUUCUGUGUAUAUAUAUGCUUAAAAUAGUUACUAUACCUAAUUUUUAAUUUUCAGUGUUUCCAGAACACAUAUAAGUACUAUAAAAUGUGCAGUCUUGGUGGCUUUAGGCCAAAUCAUAUUUGCUUUUGGAGCAUUUGUGAACAUCUUCUGGGUUAUGUUACUUGGUCGAUUUAUAUUUAGGUAAUUUUGUAUUUAGUAUUUAUUCCAAUUUUUCCUGGUACGAUGAGAAUAAUAACAAGAACUAUUUAAAGUUUAUUGAAAUACUUACAAUAUAUAUUUUAAAAAUGGAUUGAUUUACUUUGUAGUUAUUUAAUGUAUAAUAAAAUUAUGUUUCAAGAAAAAAAAAAAAAUGUGAAGAAAUAACCUAAAAACUUAACAAACUAUUAAAAUACUAACUAAAAUUGAUAGGUAAUUUAUAAUAAAAAUAUCAUUGAAAAAAGUAAAACAAAAAAAUCAAUCAAUCAUAUAAAUCAUCAUCCAUGUUAUGCAAAUGGUAAUUAAAAUGUCUCAUUUAAAAUACAUAUCUGAAAAAAACUUAGGCAUUUUCCCAUAAUCAAUUUUUUAAUUUUUUUUUUACUCGAAGUAAUUUUAUGUUUUAAAACAAAAUUCAAUCAUAUUUUUAAAGGAAAAAAUAUUGAGUAACUUAACGAACAAGAACUUAAUGUUUUAUAAAGUACUCAAAAAAUAAUCUAAAACUCAAUUACUUAAUUAACAGUUAUACACUAAAUACAAUAAACACUUAUAUAAAUGAAAAUAACUUAAUUCUUGUUAUUAUUUAUUUUGAUUACAUGCAAUUAAUGUCUAAUUAAAUAAUUUAUUAUUUAUAUUAAUGAUUAAUAUGAUUAUUAUUGUUAUAAAGUACAGUUUUAACAAUUUAGUUUCAUUGAAAAUUUAUCAAAUAAUUAAUUUAUAAUUUCAAUAAAAACUUUUAAUUUAUAUUAAAUUAUUUGUUAAAAAUUAUGAAUUUGUACAUUUUAAAAUAUUUAACACAUUUUAUUUAAUUGAAAAUAUCUUAAUGACAAUUUAGGUGCUUGCACAAUUAUAUGUAGAAUACUUUUGAAAUUAAACUAGUUAUUAAAUUAUUCCAUUUUUAUCAUUAUUACACAGAAUUGGAGGUGAAUGGCUGGCUAUUGCCCAAAAUAACUAUGCUGUUUUAUGGUUCAAAGGAAAAGAACUUAAUAUGGUGUUUGGAUUUCAAUUAAGUUUUGCCAGAUUUGGUUCAACAGUAAAUUUCAUUGUCAUGAAACCAUUGUAUGGAUAUGUGAAAAAUCGUAUAUCAUAUCAUUGUCCAAACUAUGAAAGUUUAUCAAUUGUUUUGUUACUUGGUAUUUAUUAAAAUUAGAAAUAUUAUUUUUAUAAAAUAUUUGUAUUUAUUAUUAUUACUUUUUUAUAAUUUAGCGAGUUUGACUUGUGUUUUAUCACUGUUAAGUGCUUUACUACUUGCUUGGCAAGAUAAAAGAGCUGAAAAAUUACUUCACUUCAGGGUACUUGAUGCUACAGAAGUUGUGCAAAUAAAAGAUACUAAAAACUUACCAAAGAUCUUUUGGCUUGUUAUGUUAAUCAUUGUUUGUUAUUAUUCAACUAUAUUUCCAUUGGUAGUAUUAGGAGAGUAAGUUAAUUUUAUUAUAUUAACUAACAUUAUUCAAUAAUAAUAUAGUUUUUAAAUUAUAUUUAAUUUUUACAAAAAAAAAAAAAACAACACAUGAUGUACAAAUAGUUUGUUUUCCCUAAUAUCAAAUAUGCCUUCAGCAGACCCAAUUUAGUGCUAUUACUUUUGAUAUUAGAAAGCAUUGACCUAUUAUCAAAAUCCAAGAACUAUAUUUGUAUUUGUACAUUAGUUUUUUUUUCUUCCAAUAAUUACAUUUUUAGGCAAGAUAUAAUCAUUAUUGAAUUGUGAUAUUUCACUCUCAUAUCUAUUUAAAAAUUUAAAUGACAAAAAACUCUAUAGACACAGAUGGUGUUCUUUCAUUUAAAUUUGAUAAUAGGUUAAUUCAAAAAAUUAUUGAUAAAUUAUUAAAAAAAAAGUACAUUAAAUUGUACAUAGUUAUUAUUUAUAUUCUGUGUUAAGAAGAAUGUAUUGGUUUUACAAUUUUUUUUAAAUUUUUUUUAUGUGAACACUUUUUCUACCAAAAGCAUUUUUUGAAAGAAAAUGUUUUCUGGAUGGGACUUUAGAUAGGCCAUUUUUUGAAAUUAUCAUUAAUAUUUGAGCUAAUGAGAACAACCUGGUUCUUUAGGUUUAAAAAGAUUGAAAGAUUAUCAAUAAGAUUGUCAUUGGCAACUAUUUUUAUUUAUUUUUUUGUUAUUAUUUUAAAAAAUCUUUUUUAAACAAUUAUUGUUGUCUUGGAAAUGCACAUUGUUGUAAUCAUUUCACACUAAUAUGAUAUAUUAUUGACAAUACAACACUAUCAACUGAACUCUGCUUAGAAUCGUUUUUUAGUAAGCAAUGGUUUAUUGUUGCUUACAGAUAUACAUUAAAUUCCCAUCGGUAUCCAGUCUUCUCAACUUCCAACCUACAACAGUGGCUGCACCCAUGCAGGACAUAUGUCUAUACUUUUUAUUUAUACAAACAAAAUAUGUUAGGAGAUUACUAUUUUAUUCUAUCCUUAUAACUUAUUCAUAUAUGGUAUAUAUAGAGUUCAAAAAACUAUUCAUUUUUAUUUGUUCAAAAUGUAUAUAGUUAUUAAUUUUAUGUAAGCUUUUUUGUAUGAUAUUAUGAACUUCAUGCAAACAUACAAUUUUACAUAUUAUGCACAUUUUUUUUUUCAUACAUGAUAUUUUUAUUGUGCCUAUUAUUUAUAUUUUUCAGGGUGUUUUUUGAAAGAAAGUACAAUUUUUCACUAGAUGAAGCUAAAUUUACAACCAGAAUUGUUUACACUAUAUCAGCUUUAUGUGCACCAUUUUUUGGUUUGGUAAUUGAUAAGACUGGGAGAAAUUUAUUCUGGGUAUUUUUAUCAAUUUUUGGUACAUUAGUUUCACACAUGGUCUUGACAUUUACAUUUGUCAACCCCUAUAUUGCUAUGGUAAUUAGAGUUAAUCUAUAUUUACAGUACUUGUAAACAAGUAUAAAAUAAGUAUCUAUAAUAAUAAUUUAAAUUAUAUUAAUUUUUUUUUUAGUUUAUAAUGGGCCUUUCUUAUUCAAUAUUAGCAAGUGCAUUAUGGUCUCUUAUUGCAUUGAUUAUCCCUGAGCAUCAAAUGGGAACUGCAUAUGGCAUGCAAGUGAUUUAUAUAUUUUAUUUCUAGCUGGUUUAUAUUUUGAAAUUUAUAAACUGAGAAUCAGAGCUAAAAUGAAUUAAAAAUGGGUGUAUAUAAUGAGAGAUCUCAACAUGUUAAAAUUAUAAUGCAAAUUAAAUUUAUGUAUUGUCAGCAGUAAUUUAAUUAUUAUUAAAAUAUUUUAUAAUAAUUAUAAAUUUACAGUUUUAAAUAUAGUAUGUAUAAAUUAAUUAAUUACACUAUUAUACAGCAUUUUAUUUAAUAUGUGUAUAGUUAAAUACUUGAAAUAUUGUUUUAUUUUUGCAUUAUAUAGAACUCAAUCUGCUAAAAAUUUUGGUCUUGCUGUUGUUGCUUUAAUGACUGGUAUAAUUGUGGAAACAAAUGACUACUAUAUGAUGGGAUUAUGUUUCUGUCUAUUAAUAUCAGGUAAAUUUUAUAUUACUUUACAAAUAGGAGUUCUGAAAUAGUGUUAUUAAACUCGAUUUAAGGAUUAUGUACAUUAAUUGAAAAAAUUUGGCUAAGUUAAAUUUAUUUGAAAAUUUAAUGAAUUCUGAGUUAUUAUUUAGCUUGUAACUAUAAUCAAUUGAUGCAUUUAAAAAAUACCCAUCAUGAAAAGUAUUAUUUCAAUAUUUAAGUUACUCUAAAAAUUAACCUGAAAUAUACAAUUUUGAUUAAAUGAAGUAUAUUUUUCUUUUUACCAUAUACUAUAGGAAUAAUAUAAUAUAUAGUGUUAUAUUUUUUUUUAUUCUAAUUUAUUAUUAAUGUUGAAAUUUUAAAUAAAUAAGUAUAUCUUUUUAAUUUUAAAUAAAAUGUUUAAAAAAAAACUGAUUUUAGUUUCUUUGCUACUGACUGCUAUAUUGUGUAGCUUGGACUUUAAAAACAAUGGGAUUUUGAAUAUGAGUAUUAAUCAGAUCCUGCUAAAAUCAAAAAAGUAAGUGUUUAUUUAUUUAUCUAUCCAUGGUAAUUUGUGUUACUUUUUUUGUAUUGUAAUUAAACUUUAAAUUGUUUUUAUUGUUUUAGGACUCCUCCUCCAGAAAAACAAACUCUUUUACAAGAUAAUGACAAAUGUAAGGAAGACUAA